UGGAUAAACAAGUGUAAUCAAUAUGAAGUGUAUAAUUCCGAUUUUAAUGUUAUUUGCCUGGAACACGUUUGGUAAGGAAACUGUUCUGUAUAUGGCACCUGGAGCAGAUUUAUUUGAUCUGAUUCGUGGUAUACCACCUAAAGGUGGAGUACUGAUGUUGUCCAAGGUAGAUGGAACUGAUGGUGAUAAAGAUAAGUUGCCAGAUGGGCUAUAUUACAUUCCAGAAGACGAUGGACUGACUUCCGAAGAUACACCAAUCUUGCAUGUACACAGAAAAACUGAGCAGCCUAAAAAUGAACAAAAACCUGUUCUUGAGGCAGAUAAGAGGGAUACCCAAUGAGGAAAUCGUGGAACACAAGAUCGACCAGUAAUACAUAUUACCUAAGAUUUAUAAUAAUAAAC